AGUCUGGGGGAGAAAGCAUGCCGAGAUACACAGUACAUGUCCGAGGAGAAUGGCUGGCAGUGCCAUGUCAAAGCAGCACCAGCACAGUUGGGUGGCUGGGAAAGGAAGCUGUGAGACGGUACAUGAAGAACAAACCAGACAACGGGGGAUUUGCCUCAGUAGAAGAAGUAAAAUUUUAUGUUCGAAGGUGCAAGGGACUUGGCUUGCUGGAUCUUGAAGAUACAGUGGAGGAUGCUCUGGAAGAUAAUGAAUUUGUUGAAGUUGUUAUAGAAGGAGAUAUAAUGUCUCCAGAUUUCAUACCAUCUCAGCCAGAAGGAGUUCAUUUAUACAGCAAAUACCGAGAACCAGAACAGUAUAUUUUUUUAGAUGGCAACAGUUUAACAACAGAAGACUUGGUCAAUUUAGGAAAGGGGCUCUACAAGAUCAAGCUCACCCCUGAAGCUGAAGCAAAAGUCAAUGAAUCACGAGAAGUGAUUGAAAGGAUCGUAAAGGAACAGACAGUUGUUUAUGGAAUCACCACUGGGUUUGGGAAGUUUGCCAGGACAGUCAUCCCAAACAGUAAGCUGAGGGAGCUUCAAGUGAACUUGGUUCGCUCACAUUCAGCAGGUGUGGGGAAACCUUUGAGCCCAGAGAGAUCUCGCAUGCUGCUGGCGCUGAGAAUUAACGUCCUGGCAAAAGGAUACAGUGGAAUAUCCCUAGAAACGCUCCAGCAAGUUAUUGAAGCAUUUAAUGCAUCCUGCCUUCCUUAUAUCCCAGAAAAAGGGACAGUUGGAGCCAGUGGAGACUUGGCCCCCCUCUCUCAUCUUGCUCUGGGAUUAAUUGGAGAGGGAAAAAUGUGGUCCCCAAAGAGUGGCUGGGCUGAUGCUAAAUAUGUCCUGGAAGCCCAUGGUCUGAGACCAAUUACCUUGAAACCAAAAGAGGGUCUGGCUCUCAUCAAUGGAACACAAAUGAUCACCUCACUGGGAUGUGAAGCGGUUGAAAGGGCUGGUGCUAUAGCUAGACAAGCUGACAUAAUUGCUGCACUUACACUUGAAGUCUUGAAGGGUACAACAAGGGCCUUUGACACUGAUAUCCAUGCAGUGCGCCCACACCGAGGGCAGGCUGAAGUGGCAUUUCGAUUCAGGUCCCUCCUAGAUUCUGACCAUCACCCAUCAGAAAUAGCAGAGAGCCAUAGAUUCUGUGACCGAGUUCAGGAUGCAUACACAAUGCGCUGCUGCCCUCAGGUGCAUGGAGUUGUAAAUGAUACAAUUGCUUUUGUGAAGAACAUCAUGAUGACUGAAAUCAAUAGUGCCACGGACAACCCUAUGGUGUUUGCUGAAAGAGCAGAGACCAUAUCUGGAGGAAAUUUUCAUGGUGAAUAUCCUGCAAAGGCUCUGGACUACUUGGCAAUUGGUGUGCAUGAACUCGCUGCAAUCAGUGAAAGAAGAAUUGAGAGGCUCUGUAACCCCUCACUCAGUGAACUGCCUGCAUUUUUAGUCACUGAAGGAGGUCUGAACUCUGGCUUCAUGAUAGCACACUGCACAGCAGCUGCCCUGGUUUCUGAGAACAAAGCCUUGUGCCACCCCUCUUCUGUCGAUUCUCUCUCGACCAGUGCUGCUACAGAGGAUCAUGUGUCCAUGGGAGGAUGGGCUGCAAGAAAAGCCUUGAGAGUUAUUGAACAUGUGGAACAAGUUCUGGCUAUCGAGCUGCUCGCAGCCUGCCAGGGCAUUGAAUUCCUACGCCCUCUGAGAACAACCACCCCAUUGGAGAAGGUCUAUGACCUUGUGCGCUCCGUUGUGAGGCCUUGGAUAAAGGAUCGCUUCAUGGCCCCAGACAUCGAAGCAGCUCACAGGCUGCUUGUGGAGCAGCAGGUGUGGGAAGUGGCUGAACCUUACAUUGAAAAGUACAGGAGGGAACACGUCCCUGAAUCGAGACCCAUUUCACCAACAGCUUUCUCCCUGGGAUUGCUGGAUCAUAUGGGUAUUGAUCAUGACCACAGGCAUCAGGAAGACCUUUAAGAGAGCAGAUCCUUUCCAGGACUUUGCCUGAGGGUAGCUGUUCUGUUUGAACUCAGUGUGGUUUCUUUAGGUGAACCAAAGGACCUCACUGUGUAGCUCAGAAGCACAUAUAGAUAGUAAAGAAAUGUCUCACUACUUUCCUUACAUGUGAAAGACAGCCUAUCGUGAGAGUGUGGUUUUGACUGAAUUUCCUGAGCAUCUAACACAAGGUAUUAAUGGAUGUUCUGUACAGGGCCUCCUGUAUUUGCUUUGUCAGCUGUUCUCUCAUUUUCUCCUCAUCUGUGCCAAUGAUACCAAACAACCUACAUUUCAUAUUCUCGCCUUUGUUUUUGUUCCUUGGAGUAACUGCUGUGGUCCCCUUCAUUCUGCCUCAACAAAGUUAUCUUAAGGAGACUUAAUUCUCCUCUCUCUUGAAGAUCAUGUGUGAGGUACAGGUUCUUGUGUGAAAGGAGCAUUUUUAGAGCAGGUGCUUCAUAUAAAUCACAAAAGCUGUAUGCAUGAAAAUGCACUUUGAAGGUUAUUGCUCCAGAACAAAUAUGUUGUAUUCUGGUGAUGAGCUACACUCGAUGCAGCUUUCCAAGAGCUAUGAGCUCACACCCGCAAUAAAUAA